AUGAAGAGCCUGUUCAUCUUCCUCGGUGUGCUGCAGCUCCUGGCUGCUGCCACCGCCGUGUACAAGCAGUGGAUUCCCAACACCAAUUUUGAAACCGCCUCCAACUGGGAUAAAGGCAGAGUCCCCUGUGCCAACGACGUGGUUCAUUUUGAGAAGAACAAGGUGAUCUCAGUCUUUGUCGGGACCCCCCACGUACUGUCAGACAUGUACCUACCCCUGAAUGGAGAAUUCGUGCUGGCGUCAGGCGCAGGGUUCGCAGCUUUCGAUGGCAGCUGGGAUCCAGGCUGUGACUCAGGUGCAACAGUGACGUUCACUGAUGCUGAGCACCACAAGUGGUUCGACCCCACUCUUUGGCAGGUUGUGUCCCCUGACGGGGAGCUUGAGCCAAGCGGGCCCAUCUUCUCUGUGGAUGAGGAACGUGUCCCGUGCCACUAUGAUGAUGUUAUCUUCCAGCCCGAAACCUCCUUCCGGGUAAACAUCGACUCAUCACAGCAAGUGAUUCAUCUCCGCAGCAUCUCUCUCAUGGGCCAGGAGCUCAGCAGCCCCAAGGCCUGGGCUGGAUACCUGCGGGGUCCCUCUGCCCAGCUGCAGUUCCAUGGCAAUGGCACUCUCCAGGUGACGGGCACUGGCUGUCCUGACAAAUCCGGCUGUGCCUGCGGGAACGCCCUGGAUGGUCACCGCAUCUGCGCGGCCCUGGUCGGGGCGCCGGGGAGGCAGUGCCCAGCGCCAGCGUGCCCGAACCCUUUGCAGCCCCUGGGCCACUGCUGCGAGGUCUGCGGAGCCACCAUUAACCUGGAUUUCACUCCUGAUUUUGACCUGCAGAAGUACCAGGACAGACUCGUGCAAGCCUUGCUGAGCCAGCCCAAGUAUGCCAACGUGCAGAUGGCCAUAUCCAAGGUGCACAAAGUACAGACCUUCCUGGGAGUCAUACCCCGAAGCUCCACUCCUCUCAUCCAAAUUGUGCUGAUCGAUGAUGGAGCAGGAGUGCAGACUGGCACCACUGCAGAGCAGCUGGCAGCAGACAUCAUGGAGGACAUAGCACAGCAUGGUGAAGCACUAGGCAUUGCAAGCGGCAAAAUGGAGGUGGCCACUGGCAGCAGUUUCAGCGGGCAAGUGGGGAGCCACACACCAAGCGGGAUCACGGCGGGGUUGGUCCUGGGGCUACUCUUUGGUCUCCUGCUCCUUGGAGGAGUCCUCUUUCUCUACAGAAAGGGAAAGCUAAGGUUGCCCACCCUGCGCCUCCCCCGGCCCUGGGACAGAGCGGAGGACCCAGCAUCCCCUGCACCAGACAGUGACAAAGGCUUCGACAACCCCAUGUUUGACGUGGAGCCACCAAGUGCUGACCCUGGAGAGGAAACAUCCCAGGAGAUUGCUCCCAAAGACCACCAGAUCUUCUACCUCAACCCUCUCUACGACGCGAGCGAGAUGGACACCUGA